AGACCUUCCUUGCCAACCAACGACCCAACCCUUGUGCCCGGAUCGGUUCAAAUUUGACAACAACACGCAAGCUGCUCCCAAUUUCCAGAUAAUUCUCUAAUUCUCAGCACCCCGAUACCCCCACGAACUUAUCAUCAUGCUCUAUUUGGAGGAUUAUCUGGAAAUGAUUGAGCACCUGCCCCAGGAGUUGAAGGAUAGAUUCACGGAGAUUCGUGAAUUGGAUUUGCAAGUGCAGAACGCCACGGAUAAGUUGGAGGACAGGGUAAAGUUAUUCUUCGCCGGGGCAAAAAAGCAGAAAACGCCAGAACGUGAAACAGAAUUUGAUGCAAUUCGUGGCGAAUAUUAUAAAGUUUUAGAGGAUGCAGAUGAGAAAGUGCACCAAGCAAAUCAAAUGUAUGAAUUAGUUGAGAAAUAUUUGAGAAAACUAGAUUCAGAAUUGUACAAGUUUAAAAUGGAGUUGGAAGCGGAUAAUGCUGGAAUCACGGAAGUUUUGGAGAAACGUUCUCUUGAAAUGGACGUUCAACACGCUCCAGAUCGCGACCGUUUAAGCGGCGACUAUCUCAGUCAGAAGGAGAACCGAUACAUGAACAAUGUUAAAACGGAAAAGAAAUCUGAGCGGAAAAAUUCACUCGAAAAGAUGGCACUUCUUCAAGGAGCCCACAGCUCUGGGACGCCACCGCCACUUGCUUACGCACUUAAUCACAUGGGGGCUGGAGGUAAUUCACUCGCAGCGGCCGCAUCUCAAGCCAUAGCUGCCACGCAGCAGAUGCAACAGGGUCGGAGAACAGCGAGUCUUAAAGCGUCAUACGAUGCAGUCAAUUUGGGAAUCCAUCCAGCCGAGUUUAGCGUUGGACGAGAACUGCUAACGAAUAAUGAACUUCAUCAAGCUGCCCAACAAGCUCUGGCCGCGACGGGUUGCGGAGGAGCAGAGCAGAAGAGAAACAAGAGGAAAUCACACCAUACUCAAAAUCAAGAACUCAUGUCUCAACCGCCGGAUGAACUUGUUGACGACACACUCGUAAUGGAUACGACGGAACCGCAAGACUGGACGGCAUUCGUGGAUCCAUCCGAACCACGUUACUGCAUUUGUAACGAGGUCAGCUAUGGCGACAUGGUGGCUUGCGACAAUGCGGAUUGCCCAAUCGAAUGGUUUCAUUACGGAUGCGUCGGAAUUACUGCGACACCGAAAGGAAAAUGGUAUUGUCCUCAGUGUGCUGCUUCUAUGAAGCGAAGAGGAAGACGCUAAAGAAAAAAUUCGUCUUCGCUAUUGUUGGUCCGAGUUGUAGGAAUUAACACCUGGAGGGAUUCGUCACUUAAUUAAGAUAAACUAAAACAACAAAAAUUAGCCAACCAACCAAGUUAGAUAUCUCUACUUAAAAUUUCGUCAAUUAUCAGUUCCCCUCUUUUCUUAUCAUUGUUUACAGUUUAGAUUCUAUAUCAGCAUAUGCUUAAAACAGUAGAAAGAACACUUUAUAAAAAAUGAAUUUAAUAAUAAUAUAGGUUUUUAUAUGCUUUCCAGGCCACUGGCCCAUUAAUUUGGAUUACAAUGUUAUGAUUAGUAUCAUAACUUCAAUUUUUCAAAUAUAAAAAAAAAUCAAUUUAUUAAGUCCUAAAUAUUACUCGUUAUUGUUUCGUUGUCUUGAUGUUUACCAAAAUUUACUGCUGAGUGGUAAUAAUUGUGAUGUGUAAAAUAUGCUCAUUGUAGAAAUAAUGUAGCUUAGCGUAGUCUUGUUAAUUAUCCUCUUGUUCUGCACUAUAAAAUUAUUAUGAACCAUGCACAACUUUUUGUACUUGUCACUUAUUAUUAUUAGUCUUAUAGUUAAAUUUAUUAUUAAGGUAAUAUAUAAGUAAAUUAAGGAAGCAAAAUGCUACACCGAGGAAGAAAGAAAAAAAUCAUCCUUAUUUCAUGUAAUUUUGAAAUGGGAAAAAUACUACAAAUUAGAGACUGAGUAACGCUUUUUCCUACUGACGACAAAUUGUAAUUUCUAACAUGUGGAGUAGAGUUGUUACUGCGUAGUUAGUAAUAAGUAAUAAUGUUAUCAUGUCAGGUUGUACGCAUGCAUUUAGUUAGUAAGUACACGUAGCCAAUAAGUUUUUGUAGAAUCAAUUUUUUUGUUAUAAUUUGAAAUGUUUCUUCAUCGGAACAAAUUUGUAAUUGUUGCAACAAUGGAUUGCAUUGCAUUGGUAAUAAUGCUGCUAGAAUAUAACUAGUGUCAUACGUUUAAGGUAUGAUUUGUAUAGUGAUGAUUGGAAAAUUUUGUAAACAAAUUUCCUCCACAUUGUUGUAAGAAACCAUUGUUUCUCUUGAAGUAAAACAAAACGUUAGCCUGUCGUCGUCCCUGUUCGGCGACGGCUUCACCUGACCAGCCUGUAUUUGAUGUGGCGUAAAUGGGAUGUCAAAGUCCUCGUUUACUCGUACAUUUAACGGUAGUUUUCGUAGUUUGUGUAGUAAAAAAAAAGUAUAGCUUGUUAAUGGAGCAAAAGUCAUUCAACCAACCAACAGCAUUCACUUCAACACUCACUUUCCGACUAUAAAAAAACGGUUUAAAAAUUACAAAAUGAAAAUCAAAAAUGUUAAAAAUGUUAUAAAAA